GGACACGUGUCAGCCUGCAGACUUCAAUCUAAAAGUCACAAAUUUAUGGGUAGGAAAAUGAAGUGGGCCCUCAAUAUUUUGAGAUGAAAAAGCACAGCCACUUGCAUCAUAAUAAUCUUAUCUUUCCAUCUUGUCCCAUUGUUAACAAAUUAUUAUGAAUUUUUAUAGUAUACAAAAAAUUUGGUAAUAGUCGAGAUCGCCUUGAUACGCUUUAAGAGAUGACUCGACUAAAAGGUUGUAUGUGAGAGUCGCAGACCCAACUCCAGGUUCUGACCUCAUGUUCGAGGACGACGACUCUAUUGUUCAUGCAUUUUGCUUCACAUGCUAUACAUCAAAUAGUGUUUCUUGAGCAAGAAUUCAGCAGGGUAUGGCUCGUUUGCAAUAUCCCAAUCAACCAAAUGUUUUCAAAGGGUCACAAAGCGAACUCUAUUGGGGAUAUAGAGAUGUAAAGCACUAUUCAGAGCUUGACGGGCAAAUAUUCAAGAAAAAUAGAAGGUUUGUACGUUGCUGUACUUCUUCAACCUCAUCACCAUCAUCUUCUGAUCAACAAGCCGAGUUCUCUGCUCGAAAGCUCGACCUCCAAGGAAUGUAUUACGAGAGUCUUGUUAGAGACAACAAUUGGCAAGUGAGGAGAAUGGUUGAGACAGAAGAAGAAAUGAAGAAAGUUGCCAAAGUUCAAGCUGAAGCAUUCCACGAGCCUGUCAUUUUGUUCAAUGAUAUGUUCUUAGAAUUCUUCCAGGCUGAAGUGCUUUCAGGGCUUCUUUACAGACUUAGGAACUCAGCAUCAGACAGGUAUGCGUGUUUGGUCGCGGAGCCUUUAACUGAUACAGGUAAUUUGCAGAAAGAGCUUGUAGGAGUAGUCGAUGUCACUGUCCAGAGGGAAGAAUCUGUUCUUCAACACCUCCCGGGGGCAGAAGAAUAUCUUUACGUGUCGGGAAUUGCUGUACUAAGUAAAUUCAGAAGGCAAAAGGUUGCCACCACAUUGCUAAAAGCCUGUGAUAUACUUGCUGCAAUUUGGGGUUUUGAGUAUCUUGUUUUAAGGGCCUACGAAGAUGAUUAUGGAGCUAGAAAAUUGUACUCUAGCGGGGGUUACAGAAUGGUUUCGGGAGAUUCUCCAUGGAUAACCACUUGGAUUGGUCGAAGGCGGCGUAUUCUUAUGAUUAAACAGGCUGGUCUUCAACACUAAAUUCUUGGUUUUCAUUUGAGUAGUGUUCAAAUUUAUGAAAUACCUCAAAAGUUUGGUUCUGAAAUGAAAUACGGGCCUCGCAAUGUGCACAAACUGAAUCUAUGUUCCUCCAUAUAUUCUUCAUAAACACACUAUUCUUCCAAAAGUAGACGUACUUUUUUCUA